GCAUCCAGAUUAGAUUCGAUUCUGCUAGAAGACGUUCGCUUGCUCGCUCACUAGCACCAGUCGAGAGAAAGAGAGGAGAAAGCUUCAAGCUUCAAUGGCCGCCAAGGGUGCUUUGCAGCCUCUAUUGAAAUAUUUGAGGGUGCCGGUGCAGCCUCUGCGUCAAAAUAUCUUCUCGCUUUCCCCUCACGUGUUUCGACGCUUUUCCUCCGAGGAGGUUAGAGGUUCCUUUCUCGACAAGUCGGAGGUCACCGAUCGCGUCAUCUCCGUCGUCAAAAACUUUCAGAAGGUUGACCCUUCCAAGGUUAAUCCAAAUGCUCAUUUCCAAAAUGAUCUUGGCUUGGAUAGCUUAGAUGCUGUGGAGAUUGUGAUGGCUCUUGAAGAAGAGUUUGGUUUUGAGAUUCCUGACAACGAAGCAGACAAGAUCAACUCCAUUAAUCUUGCCGUGGACUUUAUUGCAUCCCAUCCUCAGGCAAAGUAAGGAAAAAUCUAUGAAGAUUGGUGUCUUAAUUUUGCGGUAGUUUCAUGAGGAACUCUAUGAGAACAUCAAACUUAAGUGUAUCUUAAUUUUCAUUUAGAUUCCGUAUAGAAAUGUUAUAUGGGGAUGUGCCAAUGUUAAUGCUGCUAUAUUUCUCAAACGGGGAUUCGUUUGAGAAAUAAUAAGGGCUGAUUGGACUAGAAAUGAUUUGAAAAUAAAUUUUUUUGGUUCUUAA